UUACGAGAAAGGGAAGAAUGUGGUCUCACUUUCCUGAAUCAGAGGCGUGCUAGAGAGAGAGAGAGAGAGAGCCUCUUUUUUUCUGCACUCCUGUUUUCAGGACUCCCCGGUAUCUUCUCCAUCGUGCUCUACCGAGUAUCGAAAUAGAAGCUUGCAAUCAAGCAGGGGGCUUCUGAUACAUCUUCUGCUCAGAUUUUGUGUUUCUCUUCUCAUCGUUCUCUGGGAGUUCUUGUCUGAGGAUGACGCGAAGUAGGACACCACAAGCAAGCAAACCGUCAUUGCCUUCAAAAAUUCCGUAAAAGUUUCUAAUUUUGUUGAAGCAAUGCAUGUGAAACCCAAGAAAAAGAUCAUUGAGAAUGGUCAUGGUGGGGAUGAGUUGGGCUUAGCAACUGCCAUCAUAAAUGGAGAGGAUCUGGGACCAAUUGUCAGACAUGCAUUUCAGGUCGGGAAGCCUGAAAUUCUCUUGUACCAACUUAAAAAUGUGGCCAAGAAGAAAGAGCUCGAGAUUGAGGAAUUAUGCAAACGACAUUAUGAAGAUUUUAUCCGAGCAGUGGAUGAGCUCCGUGGCGUCCUAGUGGAUGCUGAUGAACUGAAAAAUGGAUUGAUGAAAGAAAAUUUUAGGCUUCAGGAGGCGUCAACAUCUCUCCUAAUGCAACUUGAGGAGCUUCUCGAUUCACAUUCAACCAAGACUAAUGUCACAAUGGCAAUUGAGAUGUCCAAGUUCUGUUUGGAGGUCGUGCAACUUUGUUCUAAAUGUAAUAAUGAUAUUUUGAAAGACCGCCUCUAUCCUGCCCUAAAGACCCUGGAUCUUAUCGAGAGAGACUAUUUGCUCAAGAUCCCUGUUAAGUGUCUUUCUCGAGUCAUUGAAAAUCAGAUUCCUGUGAUAAAAUCCCACAUUGAGAAGAAAGUAAUCAAUGACUUCAAUGACUGGCUUGUUGUUAUCAGGAGCACAGCUAAAGAGGUUGGGCAACAAGCAACUCGGCAUACGGUGUUGGUGCGACAGAGAGAAGAGGAUUUACGUACUCGUCAGCGUGAAGCAGAAGAAAAAAGUCAAUCAGGAUUAGGGGAUUGUGACUAUGGCCUUGACAUGGAACAUGUAGAUGAAGAUGUUGGUAUCAAACUCGAUCUCACUCCUGUGUAUCGGGCUUAUCAUAUCCAUACUUGCCUUGGACUUCAAGACCAGUUUCAGAGUUAUUACUAUAAAAACCGGUUGAUGCAGCUUAAUUUGGACUUGCAGCUUACAGCAGCACAGUCUUUUCUUGAAUCUCACCAAACCUUUUUCACUCAGAUUGCUGGCUUCUUCAUCAUUGAAGAUAGAGUCUUAAGAACUGCAGGUAGCCUACUCUCAGCUAAUCAACUGGGAACAAUGUGGGAUACCACGAUUUCUAAGGUUUCUUCAAUUCUAAGGGAACAAUUUUCACAUAUUGAUUCAGCAAAUAAUCUUUUGCUAAUCAAGGAUAAUGUAGCAUUGCUGAUCUCAACCCUGAAAAGAUAUGGUUAUCCUGUAAGUAGUUUGCUUGAGCUUUUGGGGACCAGUAGAGACAAAUACCACGAGCUUCUUCUGAAGGAGUGCCGGAAGCAGAUUGAUGAGGUCCUUGCUCGUGACACAUAUGAGCAAAUGGUGAUGAAGAAGGAAUAUGAAUACACUAUGAAUGUAUUAGCUUUCAAUCUUCAAACUUCAAACAUAAUGCCAGCUUUUCCAUAUGUUGCACCCUUCUCUGCAGCUGUCCCUGAUUGUUGUCGUGUGGUGAGAUCAUUCAUAGAGGGUUCUGUCAGCUACUCAUCUUAUGGAGGUCAUGUGGACUUCUAUGAUGUUGUCAAGAAAUAUCUAGACAAAUUGUUAAUUAAUGUUCUGAACGAAGCUUUGCUAAGAAUGAUAAGUACUUGCACAUCAACAGUCUCUCAGGCUAUGCAAAUUGCAGCAAAUCUGAUUGGAUUAGAACAUGCAUGUGAUCUUUUCCUAAAGCAAGCUGCCCAACUAUGUGGUCUACCUGUACGUGUAGCAGAAAGACCUCAUGCUUCUUUAUCAGCUAGGGCAGUUCUGAAAACAUCACAGGAUGCUGCCUAUGAUGCACUGCUGAAGCUGGUUAACUCAAAAGUAGAUGAGUUCAUGUGUUUAGCAGAGAACAUCAAUUGGACUGCUGAUGAAGUACAACAGAAUGAGUAUAUGAAUGAAGUUGUCAUUUAUCUUGACACAUUGUUAUCCACAGCUCAACAAAUUCUGCCUAUGGAAGCACUGUAUAAGGUUGGAAGUGGUGCUUUGAAGCACAUUUCUGAUACCAUCGUGGCAGCAUUUCUUAGUGAUAAUGUAAAGAGGUUCAAUCUAAAUGCCGUUAUGAGCAUUGACAAUGAUUUGAAAAUCUUGGAAUCUUUUGCGGAUGAGAGGUUUGAGAGCUCUGGUUUGUGUGAGAUAAACAUUGAGGGGAGCUUGAGAGACUGCUUGAUUGAAGUGCGACAGUUGGUGAAUCUUCUGCUUAGCAGUCAACCAGAGAACUUUAUGAAUCCAGUUAUAAGGGAGAGGAACUAUAGCUCGUUGGACCAUAAAAAGGUGGGAAUCAUAUGUGAGAAAUUUAGAGAUUCUCCUGAUAGGCUUUUUGGUAGCUUGAGUAGUCGGGCUUCUAAGCAAGACACCCGCAAGAAGUCGAUGGAAGUGUUGAGAAAAAGUCUAAAGGAUCUGAGUUGACAUGAUAUUUGAUUCAAAGAAACAUCGUGACUACUUUUCACAGCCAUUCCUUCUUCAUAUCCAUCUUUGCUCUCUGGUGAAUAAUAGGAUUUUCAUGGAAGUAGAUCUAAGGAGUUGGGAACUGGUAGGUUCCUUUUGUUCUGGUGGUGAAUUUUAGAACUUCAGCUGGAUUAAUUUCUGAUUUGAAAUCUUUAUUGUAUCUGAACCCACUUCUGCUUAUAGAUCGAUUGCACAGAGUUGGUGUUUAACCA